AUGUCAGAAAAGGGAUCACGAACGACGACCCCUAACAAACCUGGAUCUAAGAGAGGAUCCAAGGUGAACACUCCCAAAUCUGGAACCCCCAAGGGAUCCAAAAGCAACACCCCCUUGCCUACUGAAGUAGCACUAGUCGCAGCUGAAGAUGAAAAUGCUGCAGCAACUUCUGAGGGUGCAUUACAGCCCGGAGAAGGAGAACAGGGUGAAGGGGAGGUAACUGGUGUUGUUGCUGAUGUAGGAGGCAGUGAAGUAGAGGCUGAGGAGGCUGCAGCUGUUGAUGUAAUCACAGUGUCACAGUACUCAUUGAUAAAGGAACGAGUCACAGUACAGAAUCUGAAGGAAGAAAUGUGGAAAGAGCAGCACGAAGAAGCUGUCCAAGCCUUCAUCGACGACCCAUCUGUCAAACUAAUGGUGGCCUAUAUUGACCCGUUCAAAGGCUUCACCAUUGAGCAUGCUAUCCCUACCUUUCUAGUAGAUCAGCUCACCUACCUGAUCAAAUCGGCCAAAGUCAAGGAGCUCACUACAGACAAUUUCUUGACCGUCGUCCAGUAUGGCACUGUCAAGGGCAUGCAUAUUGAGAGUCUCUUGCGAAUGAUGAUGGGAAUCUAUGCUCCAAUAUUUUUUGAGAACACAACUUGGCCAGACAGUAUAAAGAAUGAUUUUUCAGCUCAAUUACACAAGUUUCUUGCCAACCUCACGGACACAAGAUGGAAAUUAGAGGGUAAGACUGUCUUAUACAUCCCUACAGAAGGACUCCGCCUCACCUCAGAGGAUGCUGCCAAAAACAAGGAGCUGGUCCAGAGACUGGAGACUGCUAUGAUACACUGGGCUAGACAAAUCAAGGAAGUGCUCAAUAAUCAGGAUGCCUUUGAGAUGGCUGAGAACUCUGGCCCCCUGGAUGAGAUUGAGUUUUGGAAGAACAGAUGUACAGAUCUGACAGGCAUAAGUACUCAGCUGGACAAGCAGGGAGUGAAGAAAAUCACGGAGGUUCUCCAGAUGGCCAAGUCCUCAUAUGUUGCACCGUUCCUCAAACUCUCAUCAGAAAUCAAGGAAGGGUCAAGGCAGGCAGAAAGUAACCUCAAGUUCCUCAUGGUACUGAAAGACCCAUGUUUUGAGUUGUCUGAAGCCAAACCCAAAGAUAUCCCUGCCAUGUUACCCAAGAUUCUCAGUACCAUUAGGAUGAUCUGGGUCAACUCGGAAUUCUACAAAACCAGAGAGAGGCUCACAGGAAUACUCAAGAAGAUGAGUAAUGAGAUUAUUCGAAGGUGUUGUAAGGAAAUCAACCUUGACAAGAUCUUUGAUGGCCAUGUACAAACAGGGAUGAAGUCUCUCAACGAGUGUAUCGAAUGUUGUGAGAAUUGGAAGGAAAUUUACAGCAAGAUGUCAAAAUUACAUCACAAAUUCUCACCAGUGGGAUGGGUGCUAGAUAAGAGCAGCAUUUUUGCCCAGAUUGAUGCUUUUGUACAGAGGUGUAAGGACUUAAUUGGAGUGUGUGAGGCCCAGAUCCAUUUUGCUCGUCGAGAAGAGGGAGAGAAAACAGACAUGCCUCACUUUGCUGGACAGAAGGGCCCAGAGAUUGCUAGAAGUCUACUGGAAAUUGAGGCAACAUUUGAGAAAAAUCUCAGUCAGCUUCGUUCUGUGAAAAACACAAUUUUAGAUGUCAAAGCCACGUCAUGGCAUGAUGACUAUGUGAAGUUCCGAGCUGGUAUCAAGGAUUUGGAGGUGAUGAUGCAGAACGUUAUCACAUCAGCUUUUGAUACAGUCAACACCGUUGAAGGAGGUGUAGAACUUCUUGACAUUUUCAUGCACUUGGCCUCGAGAGAAGCUAUCAAACGAACUAUAGACAAGAAGACGGUGGAUGUGUACACGAUGUUUAACGAGGAGCUGAAUGCUGUCAAGAAAGAGCUUACUCAGAAAUCUCUCAAACAGUCACCAAGUCACCCGAAAUUUGCUGGCCAAGGACUCUGGGCCCGACAACUGAAACGUAGAAUAGAAAGAGGCAUGAUGAUCCUGGAUAGGGCUCACUUCCUGCCUCACAUUGGAUCUGGUGAGGAGGUGAGAACACAGUACCAACAACUUUGUCUUGCCCUUGAUGAGUACAUUCGUAAAACUUUCCACGAAUGGACACAGACAGUUGACAAGGAGCCCAUGAAAUUAUUAGAAGUGCCCCUGAUGUGUAGAAGCAGUGAGAAGCCUCCCAUGUUGGACAUCAAUUUCAACAGGAGUUUGCUGAAGAUUUUCCAGGAGAUACAUUACUGGGAACGCCUCAUGUUUGAGAUUCCUCACUAUGCUACAGAUGUGUACAACAAACGAGAGGAUCUGCGGUCUCUGAGGGAACAUGUUUUGUUAGUCGUGCGUGACUACAACAGAAUUAUUGCAGCACUGUCUGUAGAAGAACGUGGACUCUUUAAAGAGAGAAUUCGUUCCCUAGACAAGAAGAUCCAUCCUGGUUUGACAAAACUGACGUGGGCAUCAAAGGGAAUCUCUGACUUCUUUGUGACAGAUUGUCGUAUCAAUGCUAGUAAGAUACAAGUGACAGUGGACGAUUACAAGAAUGCCAACAUGGAGAUUUCUAAACAGUGUGUCCAAAUCAGUGAUAUGUUGCUCAUAAGCAUAGACAGUCGCAAAGUCUACGAAAACCUGGAAUUUGAUGAGGAACAGGCAAAUCACAGGGAAAAUGUUUCAAAAAAACUGAAAAACCUGCAUGAAGAGUUAGUCAGGAUGAUGCGAAAUACAUAUGAAGUGUUCAAAAAUGACGGCAUGGAGGUACAACAGCAUUGGCACAGAUACACAGAGAAGAUGGACAGGAUGGUGGAGGAGGCAUUCAGACUUAACAUCAAGUGGUCACUCCAGGAACUGUCCAAAGCAGUGAACGGUGAUGGCAAGUCUGCCCCUAACCCACUGUUUAGGGUCAAAGUUUGUCUCCAAGGUGACAAGGUUGAAUUCCAGCCAACACUAAAACAACUGGCAAGUGUAAUUGGCAGUAUCGGAGGUCAACUGACCAAGGCUGUGUCCCCGAUUGUCCGUCUCCCUAACAUUCUGACCAAGAAACGUUCUACAAAAGACCCUAUCCAUGAUGUUAUUUCGCGGGAUGAAGAGACAAAGAAGAUCCAGACAGUUAUAAACACUGGAAUGCAGACAAAUGCGACCAACCUACAGAACUAUCUGAGUACUUGGGAUAACUACCGUGAAAUCUGGGAGAUCAACAAAGAUAUGUUUAUCAAACGCUACCAAAAACUGAACCCCCAGGUGUCUUCCUUUGAUGCUGAUAUUGCCAGGUAUGAUGAGGUCGCCAAUAAUGUGCAGACUCAGGAAACCAUCCUCAACAUUCAGUUUGUAUUACUGGAUUGUUCUCCUCUCAAGUAUGCCAUCCUCGGCCAUUGUCAGGAAUGGCAGAACAAAUUCACCACCCUCCUCAGUGAGAUUGCCACCAGUCGCCUCAAAGAACUCCAUGACUUCCUCAAGGAUAACGGCACCAAUGUAAGCAAGCCUCCUCAGACUUUGGAUGAGCUCGGAAACAGUCUAAAUCUGUGGGAGGAGCUACACUUGGGACUGGCUGAUACAGAGGCCAAGUUCCCACCCCUUCAUGACCAAUUCAGCAUUCUGGAGAAGUACGAAGUGCCCAUCCCUGAGGAGGUGACGGCCAUGUUGAAUGAGCUGAGCAAUGAGUGGGUGACCUUCCAACAAAUCCUCAUUGAUGCAGAAACCAUGCUGAAGAAACACAAGGAGAAAUUCAAGAGUGGAUUACUUGCUCAGUCAGAGGAAUUCAAGAAGCAGGUUCACAAUUUAAUGGACGAAUUUGCCACGAAGGGUCCAUUUGCUGCCAAUAUAGUAACAGGUGAUGCAUUGAACAGCGUAGCGGCCAUCAAGGAACAAUUAGACGCUCUGAAGAGACAAGAGCAAGAGAUCAGGAAAGGUCUCAAUAUCUUCAAGAUAGACCAGCCGCCAUCAAAGGAAGUCGCCAAUCUGGACAAGGACCUGGAGUUGAUUGAGACUAUCUGGAAUCUGAAUAAGGAAUGGGAAGGUCUGUGGUCUGACUGGAAGGGGAACAAGUUCACCGAGCUACAGACCACUGACAUGGAGAAUAAUUCUCAGGCCAUUUACAAGAAACUAAACCGCUUCAGCAAAGAACUCAAGGACAAGAAUUGGGAAGUGGUGGAUACCAGCAGGAACAAAGUCGACCAGUUCAAAAGAACCAUGCCUCUUAUCAAUGAUCUCAAAAACAAAGCCAUGAGGCCCCGACAUUGGACACAAAUCCAGAAAGACAUGGCAAAGGAGUUUGAUCACAAUAGUGAGGAGUUCACUUUGGAAAAAAUCAUAGAGUACGGGUUUGACCAGUUUGCCGAACAGAUCAGUGACAUCUCUGGGGCAGCUACUAAGGAAUUAGCCAUUGAGCAGGGUCUGGCUGGUAUAGAGAAUACCUGGAAUAUCACAGAUCUCGAUAUUGGACCUUACAAGGACAGAGGCCACUUCAAACUCAAGUCAACAGACGAUGUGUUCUUGGCUCUUGAGGAUAACCAAGUUCAGCUGUCGACCAUGAAGGCAUCGCGAUUUGUGAAGGCUUUCGAGCAGGAGGUUGAUCGCUGGGAGAGGGUUCUCUCACACAUCCUGGAGGUGGUGGAAAUGUUACUACAAGUACAGCGACAAUGGAUGUACUUAGAAAAUAUUUUCCUGGGAGAAGAUAUCAGAAAACAGCUGCCUAGAGAAUCAGCAGAGUUUGAUGAUGUCAAUGGUAAAUGGAAAGUGAUAAUGUCACGUCUGAACAAAGACAGGAAUGCCCUUAGGGGAACUCACCACGAAGGUCUGUUGGAGAGUUUGAAUGAUAUGAACCUUAAGUUGGAGGAGAUUCAGAAAUCACUGGAUAUGUACCUGGAGACAAAACGGCAGAUCUUCCCUCGAUUCUACUUCCUGUCCAAUGACGACUUAUUGGAGAUCCUCGGACAAUCUAAGAAUCCGAAAGCUGUUCAGCCCCAUCUCAAAAAGUGCUUUGAUAACAUCAAGUCACUCGAGAUGAUAAAGCCAAGUUUGAAGUGGGAAGCAUCUGGAAUGUGGUCGACAGAGGGAGAGUUUGUCGAAUAUGAGAAGCAUGUCUACCUGGAGGGGCUUGUAGAGGCGUGGUUGUGUGACGUAGAGAAGACCAUGAGAUGGACAUUGAAGGAUGAACUGAAAAAGUGUCGUGUGUCUCUGAAAAAACACAUGACGAAGAGAGACAAAUGGAUUAAGGAGCAUCCAGGCCAGUUGUGUAUAACAGCAAGUCAGAUGCAGUGGACAACUGAUGUAGAGAGAGCACUCAAACUGACAAGAGACCGCGGGGACAAGAAAGCUCUCAAAACAAUGAAACGUAAACAGGUUGCCAUGUUGAACAAGUUCUCAGAGGCUAUUCGUGGAAAUCUUUCCAAAAUGCAGCGGUUGAAAGUGGUUGCCUUGGUUACCAUUGAAGUGCAUGCUCGUGACAUCAUUGAGAAGCUGAUUAAGACUAACACAUCAGAUGAGAAUGCAUUUGAGUGGCUCAGCCAACUUCGUCUGUACUGGGAAAAGUCUCCCAUUGAUGACUGUGUUGUCAAACAGACCAACACCCAGUUCCCAUACGGAUAUGAGUACCUGGGUAACUCCGGCCGAUUGGUCAUCACACCACUGACCGACAGGUGUUACAUCACACUGACCACAGCUCUUCACCUCCACAGAGGAGGUAGUCCCAAAGGACCUGCUGGAACUGGUAAAACUGAGACAGUCAAGGACUUGGGCAAAUGCCUUGGAAUGUACGUCAUCGUAGUAAACUGCUCUGAAGGCCUUGACUACAAGUCCAUGGGUCGCAUGUUCUCAGGUCUGGCACAGACGGGUGCCUGGGGUUGUUUUGAUGAAUUUAAUCGUAUCAACAUUGAGGUGUUGUCUGUGGUUGCCCAACAAAUCUUGUCCAUCCUCAGUGCCUUGGCUGCCGGGUCUUCUCGGUUUGUCUUUGAAGGUCGUGAAAUCGACCUGGUGUGGUCGUGUGGUAUUUUCAUCACUAUGAACCCAGGUUACGCUGGUCGUACUGAACUGCCCGAUAACCUGAAGUCCAUGUUCCGACCGAUCGCUAUGGUGGUACCGGACUCCAACCUCAUCGCAGAAAUCACACUGUUUGGUGAAGGCUUCGGAAACACCAAGGCUCUAGCAAAGAAGGUAUACACUCUGUACUCUCUGGCUGAGCAGCAGCUGUCCAAACAAGACCACUAUGACUUUGGUCUGCGUGCUUUAGUAUCUGUCCUCAGAUACGCUGGCCGUAAGAAACGAAGCAACCCCAACAUGCCUGAUGAAGAGUUGCUGCUGCUGUCUAUGAAGGACAUGAAUGUUGCAAAGAUGACUGCAGUAGAUCUGCCAUUGUUUAACGGAAUCAUGUCCGACCUGUUUCCAGGAAUAGAAACACCAGCUAUUGACUACAGCAAGAUGAAGAAUGCUAUCACAGCAGAACUGAAAGAGAAUCAACUUCAGUGUAACAAUCACACCAUCACCAAAAUCCUCCAGCUAUAUGAGACAAAGACUUCGCGUCAUUCCGUCAUGAUCGUUGGAUCAACGCAGUCAGGGAAGACAGUUGCAUGGCGCAUGUUACAAGGGACUUUGUCUCGUCUCAACAAAGAAAAAGACAGCGGUUUUCAGAUUGUCAAGGAGUACCCAAUCAACCCAAAAUCGCUCUCCCUGGGGGAACUCUAUGGUGAGUUUGACCUCAACACCAAUGAGUGGACUGAUGGCGUACUAUCCAGUGUUAUGAGACAAACCUGUGCUGAUGAGCGCCCAGAUGAGAAAUGGCUUGUUUUUGAUGGCCCAGUUGAUACACUUUGGAUUGAGAGUAUGAACUCUGUAAUGGACGACAACAAGAUCUUGACCCUGAUUAACGGGGAGCGUAUUUCUAUGCCGGAACAAGUGUCACUUCUAUUUGAAGUGGAAGACUUGGCAGUUGCUUCCCCUGCAACAGUAUCACGCUGUGGAAUGGUGUAUGCAGACUACAAUGACAAUGGCUGGGAGCCAUUUGUAGAGUCCUGGCUGGAGAAGAAGAAGGAGAAGAAGCAAUUGGUUGAAGAGUUGCGUCGCCUGUUUGACAAGUACUUGGUGAAGAUCCUGGAGUUCAAACGCCAGAACUGUCAUGAUUUAAUACCAAUUGCUCAGCUUAAUGGAGUGACCUCCCUUUGUAAACUCUUCGACUCUUUGGGAACACCGGAAAAUGGCGUUGACCACAAUGAUGCUGAAAACUUUGUGAGGAUGGUGGAGCUCUGGUUCCAGUUCUGUAUGAUCUGGUCAAUCUGUGCGUCUGUAGAUGAAGAAGGACGAAAGAAGAUAGACAAUUACAUCCGAGAAAUGGAGGGGACCUUCCCCAACAAAGACACCAUCUAUGAAUAUUGUGUUGACCCGAAGGGAAAAACCUGGGUUCACUGGGAGGAGAGGCUCAGAGGUGGCUUUAAAUAUGCCCCAGGGACUCCAUUCUAUAAGCUGAUCGUCCCGACUGUGGACACAGUUCGCUACCAAUACCUUGUGUCCACACUGAUCCGGUCCUUCAAUCCUGUCAUGCUGGUGGGUCCCGUGGGAACUGGCAAGACCUCGGUGGUAGAGAACACCCUGGGAAAAGUAGAUUCCAAGACCUACAGUCUUCUGACUGUCAAUAUGUCAGCCCAGACAAGUUCCAACCAAGUUCAGGACAUCAUAGAGAGCAGGGUGGAGAAACGUACCAAAGGGGUAUAUGUACCAAUCGGGGGGAAGAAGCUCCUCACCUUCAUGGACGACUUCAACAUGCCAGCCAAGGAUACGUUUGGUUCCCAGCCUCCACUAGAGCUGAUGAAACUGUGGCUUGAUUACGGCUUCUGGUAUGACCGUCUCAAGCAGACUAUCAAAUCAAUCAAGGACAUGUUCCUGCUGGCAGCCAUGGGGCCACCUGGUGGUGGUAGGAUGGUCAUCUCACGACGUCUUCAAAGUCGAUUUAACCUGAUCAACAUGACUUUCCCACAGGAGUCGCAGAUCAAGAGAAUAUUUGGAUCAAUGAUCAACCAGAAAUUACAGGACUUUGAGGAAGAUGUGAAGCCAAUCGGUGAUGUACUUACCCAAGCAACCAUUGAGAUGUAUCAAGCUGUUGUUUCCAAGUUCCUCCCGACUCCAACCAAGAUCCACUACCUGUUCAACCUCCGAGAUAUUUCCAAGAUAUUCCAAGGUCUAUUGAGGGCACACAAGGACUUCCAUGAUACAAAGAAUGCUAUGACAAGGCUCUGGAUCCAUGAGUGUUUCAGAGUGUUCUCUGACCGUCUUGUUGAGGAAAAGGACCACGAGGCUUUUAUCACCAUCCUUACAGAGAAACUGGGGACAAUGUUUGACCAGACCUAUCACAACAUCUGUCCUAACAAACAGCCUCCUAUAUUUGGUGACUAUAUGAAUCCAGACUGUGUGUAUGAGGAUAUAGUAGACAUUGUAAACCUCAAGAAACACAUGAUGGACUUACUUGAGGAGUAUAACAGCACACCUGGUGUAGUCAACAUGGACCUCGUGCUCUUCAGGGAUGCCAUAGAGCAUGUGUCCAAGGUGGUGCGCGUUAUACGACAGCCUCGCGGGAACAUGUUGCUGGUGGGCGUCGGUGGUAGUGGGCGACAGAGCUUGACCAGACUGGCAGCCAGCAUUUGUGAAUUUACCAUUUUCCAGAUAGAAGUCACUAAACUAUAUCGCAAACAGGAGUUUAGGGACGAUUUGAAACGACUUUACUGGCAGGCAGGUGUUGAUAAUAAACCAACAGUGUUUAUAUUCAAUGACACUCAGGUAGUUGAGGAAGGGUUCCUCGAGGAUAUAAACAACAUCCUCAGCAGUGGUGAGGUGCCAAACCUCUACAAGCCAGAUGAGUUCGAGGAGGUGCGAACGGCUCUGAGUGACAUUGUCAAAAAAGAAGGAAUCGAUGAUAGCCCUCAGAGUGUGUUUGCAUUCCUCAUUUCCCGAGUGAGAGCCAACCUCCAUGUGGUCCUGUGUAUGAGUCCUGUAGGAGAGCCUUUCAGGAAUCGUAUGCGUAUGUACCCUGCAUUUGUCAACUGUACAACAAUCGACUGGUUUAGUGAGUGGCCACAGGACGCUUUACUGGAAGUUGCCGACAAAUACCUGGCAGAGAUCAACCUGGGUGGUGAAGAUGAGGAAAAGUUGAAACCAAUGCUGGCCAAGAUGUUUUCUGUUAUGCACAAGUCCGUUGUGUCGUUCUCCCUGCGACUUUUAUUGGAAAUGAGACGUCACAACUAUGUAACACCAACAAAUUACCUGGAGCUCGUCAGUGGAUACAAGAAACUACUGUUCAACAAAAAUAAAGAACUUGGUGAUGCUUGUAACAAAUUAAAGAACGGUCUCAGCAAGAUUGAUGAGACACGAGAGAAGGUCGAAAAGAUGUCAAUUGAACUGGAAGACGCCAAGAUCAAGGUGGCUCAGUUUCAGAAGCAGUGUGACGACUACCUGGUCACUCUUGUCCAACAGAAAAGGGAGGCAGAUGAACAACAGAAAUCUGUAGCCCAAAAGUCCGAGAGGAUUACUGAAGAGGAAAGCAAGUGUCAGCAUAUGGCUGAUCUAGCUCAGCACGACCUCGACGAGGCUCUGCCUGCUCUGGAAGAAGCUAUUAAGGUAAACGCUCUGGAGUCUCUCAACAAGAAGGAUAUUGGAGAGAUCAAGUCCUACGGUCGACCUCCCACCCUUGUAGAAAAGGUCAUGGAGGCCGUCAUGAUCUUGAGGGGUCAGGAGCCGACAUGGGCUGAAGCAAAAAGACAGCUUGGUGACAAUAAUUUCAUCAAACAGUUGAUGAACUUUGACAAGGAUAACAUCUCUGACCGUGUCCUGAAGAAGAUCGGUGGGUAUGUGGCUCAGUCUGACUUCCAGCCAGAGAUCAUUGGACGUGUAUCUGGUGCUGCCAAAUCUCUGUGUAUGUGGGUGAGGGCUAUGGAGGUGUAUGGCCGUGUUUUCAGGGUUGUGGAGCCUAAGAAACAGAGACUAAACGCAGCCAUGAGCCAGCUGAAAGAAAAACAGGAUGCAUUGGCUGAUGCGAAGGCAAAGCUGGCAGAAGUCGAGGCUAAGAUGGCCGAAUUGAAGCAACAAUAUGACGAGAAACUCGCUCAGAAGGAGGAGUUAAAGAGAAAAGCUGAGUACACAGAGAUGAUGUUGGACCGUGCAGCCAAGCUUGUAUCUGGACUGGCAGGCGAGAGGAUCCGAUGGGAAGAGACAGUUAAGGACCUGGAGGAGAGGAUGGGCUACCUAGUAGGUGAUUGUUUAAUGGCUGCCGCGUUCAUGUCCUACAUGGGGCCGUUCCUGUCCAACUACAGAGAUGAGAUGGUGCAAAAGAUUUGGCUCACUGAGAUAAGGAAGUUAGCGAUACCUUGUGCACCUGACUUCAGCUUCUGCAAUUUCAUGGCUAAGCCCACAGACGUCAGAGACUGGAACAUUAAGGGACUUCCCAACGAUAGCUUCUCAUCUGAGAAUGGUGUCAUCGUCACAUCAGCCAGCCGUUGGCCGCUCAUGGUCGACCCUCAGGGACAAGCCAUUAAAUGGAUCAAGAACAUGGAAGCUGAACAUGGCCUGAAGGUGAUAGAUUUACAACAGUCUGAUUACAUGCGAACCUUGGAGUCGUCCAUACAGUUUGGUCUGCCAGUGUUACUACAGAAUGUACAGGAGUCCCUUGAUCCCUCUCUUGAUCCUAUCCUCAACAAAUCUCUCAUGAGAGUCGGUGGAGCCUACCUCAUCAAGCUGGGAGACAAGGAGAUUGAAUAUAACCCAGACUUCCGUUUCUAUAUCACUACCAAGCUCAGCAAUCCUCACUACACUCCAGAAAUCUCUACCAAGACCACAAUCACCAACUUUGCAGUGAAGGAACAAGGUCUUGAGGCCCAGCUGUUGGGUAUUGUUGUACGAAAAGAAAGGCCAGACCUUGAGGAACAGAAGGACAGUCUGGUGAGAAGCAUUGCUGCAGGAAAGAAGAAAAUAGUGGAGCUAGAGGAUGAAAUUCUCAGACUUCUAAACGAGACGAAAGGUUCACUUUUGGAUGACGAACAGUUAGUAAACACUCUACAAACCUCAAAGGUCACAUCGCAGGAGGUCUCUGAACAGCUACAGAUCUCUGAACAGACUGAAGUGAAGAUUGAUGCCGCUCGUGAGGGAUACCGUCCGUCUGCUGAGAGGGCUUCCAUCUUGUUUUUCGUGCUCAAUGACAUGGGACGAAUUGACCCUAUGUACCAGUUCUCAUUGGAUGCUUACAUAGAGCUCUUCAUCAUCUCAAUAGACAAGAGUCCACGCAGCAGUAAACUGGAGGAGAGAAUUACCAAUCUCAAUGAAUACCACACCUAUGCUGUGUACAGGUACACUUGUCGAGGAUUGUUUGAGAGACACAAGUUGUUGUUUUCCUUCCAAAUGUGUGCCAAGAUCCUUGAAUCGGCUAACAAGAUCAACAUGGACGAAUAUAACUUUUUCCUGAGAGGCGGCGUGGUGCUUGACCGAGAGAACCAGAUGGACAACCCUUGUUCAGGCUGGCUGUCUGACAUUGCUUGGGACAACAUAACAGAACUUGACAAGCAGACAAACUUCCAUGGCGUCAUCACCUCGUUUGAACAAUACCCACGUGACUGGAAUAUCUGGUACACCUCUGCUGAACCUGAGACAGCCACACUUCCAGGUGAAUGGGACAACGCCUGUAACGAACUGCAGAGAAUGCUGAUUGUACGCUCUCUCCGAUCGGACCGUGUCUCAUUCUGUGCCACAUCCUUCAUCAUCAACAACCUGGGAUCAAAGUUCACAGAGCCUCCUGUACUCGAUAUGCAACAGGUUGUAGAGGACUCGACAACAAGGACCCCCCUCAUCUUCGUUCUCUCUGCGGGUGUGGAUCCAACAAGCUCUUUGCUACAGCUGGCUGAAUCCAGUGGAAUGGCCCAGCGGUUCCAUGCACUCUCCUUAGGUCAAGGACAGGCUCCAAUAGCCACCAGAAUGAUCAAGGAAGGCGUGAGAGAGGGUAACUGGGUGUUCCUGGCCAAUUGUCACUUAUCCCUGAGCUGGAUGCCCCAGCUGGAUAAGUUAGUGGAACAGUUACAAAUAGAGCAGCCUCAUCCUGAGUUCCGUCUGUGGCUGAGUAGUAGUCCCCAUCCUGAAUUCCCCAUAUCCAUCUUACAAACCGGCAUCAAAAUGACCACAGAACCACCCAAGGGUCUGAAGGCAAACAUGAAACGUUUGUUGAACCUGGUGACAGAGCAGCAAUUUGCACGCUGUACUAAACAGGACAAAUACAGAAAACUGCUAUUUGCUCUGUGCUACUUCCAUUCCAUACUUCUGGAGCGUAGGAAGUUCCUUAUGCUGGGCUGGAACAUUGCCUACGAAUUCAAUGAUGCAGAUUUUGAGGUGUCAGAGAAUCUACUCAGUAUAUACUUGGAUGGCUACGAUGAAACACCUUGGGAUGCCCUCAAAUAUCUCAUUGCUAACAUCAACUACGGGGGUCAUGUGACUGAUGAUUGUGAUCGACGUCUGCUCAUGACUUACGUCAAUGAUUAUUUCCAUGAUGGAGUCCUUACUACUCCAUUCUACAAGAUGUCCAUUUUGCCUACAUACUAUGUACCAAAGGAUGGACCGCUGUCAUCUUAUAAGGAGUAUGUUAGUAUGUUACCAAAUGUCGACCAUCCAGAAGCCUUCGGCCAACACCCGAACGCUGACAUCGCCUCUCAAAUCACAGAAACCCGUCUCAUGUUUGACACCCUGUUGUCCCUGCAACCGACAAUAUCUGCGGGUGGAGGAGAGAGUCGAGAGGACAAGGUGCUGGACCUAGCAGCCAACAUCUACAAACAGAUCCCAGAGAAUAUCGACUACGAAAACACCGCCAAGAUUCUGUCAAUUGACCCUUCACCUCUCAAUGUUGUACUCCUGCAGGAGAUACAACGUUACAAUAUUUUGCUGAAUGAGAUCCGGCACUCCUUGACUGACCUUGAGAGAGGUAUUCAAGGUCUGGUUGUCAUGACACUUGAGCUGGAAAACAUUUUCACAUGUAUCUUUGAUGGCAGAGUUCCUCCAAGUUGGCUCAAGGCUUACUCGUCACUAAAGCCCCUGGCAGCAUGGACUCGUGACUUGGUCCAGCGUGUUGACCAGUUCCAACACUGGGCUCUUACAGCUCACCCGCCAACCAUUUUCUGGAUGUCUGCCUUUACUUUCCCUACUGGAUUCUUGACCGCUGUCCUCCAGACUUCCGCGAGACAGAACAGCGUAUCAGUGGACACGCUACAGUGGGAGUUCAGUGUUCUCACAGUGGAUGAUUCCAAUAUAACAGGGCCACCUAAGGAUGGUGUAUACAUAAAGGGCCUAUACCUCCAGGGAGCAGGCUGGGAUAAGAAGAAUAUGUGUCUCGUAGAAGCCAACCCCAUGCAGCUCGUGUGUCCCAUGCCUUCCAUACACUUCAAACCCGUGGAGAGCAAGAAAAAGGCAGCUAAAGGUCUUUACUCCUGCCCAUGCUACUACUAUCCUAACCGUGUCGGUGUCACUGGGCGUGCGUCUUACAUUGUCUCUGUCGACCUGAAGACUGGAGAAAAGGCUGCAGAUCACUGGAUAAAGAGAGGUACAGCUCUGUUGAUGAGUUUGGACUAUUAAAGACACUGACCAGUGGUUUUAACACUGACCAUGGAUAAAUGUGACAUCUAAAUACUUUAGAAUUGGAUGUGUUCUAUUCUGACCUGUGAUGAUUAUUGGUAACAGUAUUGUGACCUAUAAUGGUGAUCAACGUAAAACGAUCAUCAUGUCAGCUUGUGAUAUUUACAAAUUUUGAAGUUCCUGCCAGACAAAAGUGCCUCUUUGGACUUUCAUCUACAGGAAUGAAACGAUGUUGACGUGUGUUGAUUUAUUUUCACACUUAUCUGAACUUUGUUUACAAUCACAGAUCUUACUGAAGGAAGUAACUGUGACCCUCAUUUUUAUCAAUAGUGCUAC